AUUAUGCAAAUUGCUCAGAGUAAUUAUGAAAAAGCGGGAGAGAUACAAUCUUUUGAAGUUUGUUAUGAGUUAGCCAAACAUACCAUAGUAAAAAUCUUGACUGUGCGAGGUUUGGAAGUUCAAGCCACACCGAAAGAAAUAUUUCGUUUAGCCGAAGAGGAAGGAUUAAUUCCUAGUUCAGAAAUUUGGUUUAAAUUUACUAAACAAAGAAACCGCACUAGCCAUGCUUAUGACAGCGAAACAGCUCAGGAAAUUUUGGCCAAUUUACCCGAAUUUCUUUAUUACUUGGAUUUGCUAAUUGCUAAAUUAAAACAAUUACCCGAAUGCUCCAAUUAA